CUGUAACGUUCCCCUUAAAUAAAAAAUAAUGACGUCACUGCAACGCGAGAUCAAGCGAUCAGGAAGUAGCUCACGGUGAUAAAUGCAGUGGCUUCGCGAGACAUGUUCCCACGUGAUUCGUCAUCGGGGAGGCGACCAGCCUACAGCCCACGGCCCGCUUGCAUGGAUCCCCACUUUUAUGAGCACAGAGCAGUUGACAAUAUGUGUCUCAAUAGCUAUGAUGGCCCACCACGUGACAGCUUGCCUCCUCAUGAUUGGAGGCCUUGCCCAUUGCCUCCCUUUCCACCUUCUCAAACUAGGAGUGACUGGCGCAAGAGAAAACACGAGGACGAUGACUUCCCGCUUGAGAAGCGCCGACGUGGCGACGACUCAUCCCUCCCCCCUUCAGGAAAUCCUCACAUUUGGCACGAUCGGCCCUGUUUCAGAUCUGACCAUGCAUUGCCAGGCUCCUCGAGAUCAUCCUCAGAUUUUGAUCACCCUCAUUCCCAUGUGCACUGUAACGCUCCCACAACCCCGUGUGGCUCCAUGAACCUGAACGUCCGUGAUGACGACAAGCUAAGCUUUCAGGUGGCCAAUCUGUUUGAGAUAUGCCAGCAGCAGCCUUCGGAUUUAUGUCGGAAAGAGACGUGCAGAAGUUUGCUGCAACGAGACAUGCGUGUCUCCACAAUGGGGCAGCUGUAUUUGACGGGAUCCACCAUGAGCGGAUUAGCCUGCCGGAGCAGCGAUGCCGAUUUGUGUUACGUCCUCCAUGAAAAUACAAAAACAGAUCCAAUUACAGUGCUCUCUGCCCUCCAAAGGAUUAUGAGGUCAAUGAAUUUAGUAGAGCGGCUCCAUCUGAUCAGAGCCAAAGUGCCCAUCCUCAGGUUCCAAGAGAGAGGCAGCAAUCUGACUUUUGACCUGAACGUGAACAACAUAGUGGGCAUCCGAAACACAUUCCUUCUGAAGAGUUAUGCUUACGUUGAGCCCAGGAUACGACCACUCAUCCUUGUUGUCAAGAAGUGGGCACAGCAUCGUCAAAUCAAUGAUGCCAGUCAAGGAACGUUAAGCAGCUACACGUUGGCGCUGAUGGUGCUGCACUACCUUCAGACCCUUCAAACACCAGUGCUCCCUUCACUGCAGAUGGAUUUUCCAGAGUGUUUUGAUCCCUCUUUGGAGAUUGACAUGAUCCCCGAGGGAGCCGAACACAUCCCCCGCUUCAAUUCACGAAACCAGUCGUCUCUGGGAAUGCUGCUUCUGGGCUUUCUCAGAUAUUAUGCGACCGAAUUCAGCUGGAAGAAAACCGUGAUUUCUGUCCGAGUUGGCAAAGCGCUGCCCAGGCACAAUCAUCCAAAGUGGAAAGACACACUCCUAUGUGUAGAAGAGCCGUUUGAGAGAAAAAAUGUUGCCCGGGCAGUCAACAAGCAGGCCAAAUUUGAUUACAUUAAAUCUCAGUUUCUUGAGUCCUGGCUAAUGCUACGGAAGGAAAUGGACCUAAACUCCAUUCUUCCUAUGCAAGAGAUCAUUGAUGAGGAAACAUCCUGGAAAUAAAUAAGGAGUUCUUUGAGCUCAGCUUUUCGCAGGCCGUCUCUGGAUCCCCAUUGUUCAAAAUGUCCCGGUCCACUGGAAAUUUGUAGGAUUUGCUUAUACUGACUUCAGCGUCCUCUUGUCAAUGUGCCCAAAUGUCUUUCUUUUGUACAAGUUUGUAUGAUUUUUUUAUGUUAAGAAAUUAAAUCUACAGAGCCCACAAGAUGUCAAAGGAGAAAAAAAAAAAAAAAAAAAAGCCUUUGCAUUCCCUCGCAAUCUUUUUGGUCCCGCUCAAAUAGUUGACUUCCCUCAAAAAGAUUUGUAUUCACAAUGAUUACGAGGGAAGUCAAAUAUUUGGGAGGGAAUCUUUGCGAGCAAGUAUAAUUUUUUUUCGGGGCACAGUUCUGGUUUCUUUUUUUUUUUUUUUUUUUUUUUUUUUUUUUUUUUUUUUCUUCCACGUCAUCUCAGGGGCUCCUUAUAAAUCAGUAUUGGUGAUUUAUUUUAAUUUAUUGUGAAGUAUGAUGGAUUUUAUACCUUUAAUGAAAAGCAAAAAUGUAUAUUUCUUUAUCCCACCACUGAGUUCCAAUCCAGACUGAAAAUGGACAAAUUUAACGGAUUUAAUUCAGAGUACAGUUUAUUUAGAUCAGAUGGUAGUUCAUGGACAAAAUACCAACUUUUGUUUUCUUUUCAUACGAGUGAAGCUUUUAAGCUGUGUGUCUGUGUUUCUCAAGCAUUGCCAAGAACAGCAGGGUAGACCAGGGGGUUCUGUUUCAGCACAUGGCCUAUAUUUAACUUAGCAACAGGGAUUUUGAUCUUAAAGCUACACGAGUCCAGUUGCAUUUUGUUAGUACAGAUUGAUGUUCACAACAUGUAUGUUUGCCAACAUUACCAAUAACAUUUUGUAAGAAUGUA